CCGAAACACCCCUGUCACAAAACUAAUAAUAAUAAUAUUAUGCCAAAUCAGAAAUCUUAUACCAUUAUUCAUUUUUAAUUCGUUUGCCGCAAGGGCAAAAUGCUAUGUUCAUUGAUUCCGUUGCAGCUUAUACAACUUUCAUAAGAAUAAGAUACUGAAACUUUUUUCACAUCGUUUAGAACGCACAAUGGCAGAGGCAUUAUCAAAUUUUCUUGCAACAAAGAGGUAUGCUGUUGUUACCGGAGGAAACAAGGGUAUUGGAUUUGAGAUAUGUAGACAGUUAGCUUCGAAGGGGGUGAUAGUGUUGGUAACCGCCAGAGACGAGAAAAAGGGUCUUGAAGCUGUUGAAAGACUCGGAGACUAUGGUCUCUCUCACCUUGUGCUUUUUCAUCGAUUAGAUGUGACGGACCCAGCUAGUAUUGCUUCUCUGGCGAAUUUCAUUACCACCCAAUUUCCAAAGCUUGAUAUCUUGGUGAACAAUGCGGGGACUGCUGGAGCAGUUAAAGACCCUGAUGCUUUUUCGAGAGCUGUGAAGCUUGCCGGUGGUUGGCCAGCAGAGCACAUAAAUUGGAAUGAAAUUUUAACUCAAACUCUUGAGAUGGCAGAAGAAUGCCUGAGUACAAACUACUAUGGUGUAAAAAGAAUGGCUGAAGCACUUGUUCCCCUUCUCCAAUUAUCUGAUUCACCCCGGAUUGUCAACGUCACCUCUUUGCUAGGAACGUUGAAGAAUGUUCCUGGUGAAUCAGUCAAAGGAGUGCUACUUGAUGUUAAUAGACUUACCGAAGAGAGAUUGGAUGAGUUAUUGAACAAAUUUCUGAAGGAUUUCAAAGAGGGGUGGUUAGACAAAGAAGGUUGGCCAGUGUAUCAAUCAGCAUACAUAGUCUCAAAAGCAGCUAUGAAUGCUUACACAAGGAUUCUGGCAAAGAAGUGCCCGCGUUUCAUGAUAAAUUGUGUUUCCCCAGGCUUUGUCAUGACUGACAUGAAUUGCAAUGUUGGCCUCUUGACUGUUGCUGAAGGAGCUGAAAGUUGUGUGAGGGUGGCCCUACUGCCUCAUGGCGGACCUUCUGCACUUUACUUUUCUCGAAAUCAAGUGACAACCUUUUGAAUUAAUUUACUGAUUCCUUAAAAAACAGUUCAUCUCAGUGAUAAAGAUGGGAGUACUUUUAUUUGGUUUCAUGUAUGCCUGAUAACAUAUAUGGAAAUUCUGUACAUUUUAAGAGCUAGUAUGGCUUCAGCUACCUAGUCUUUCGCCUUCUCUUUCUCUAAAAUUAACAGUUGCCUUCUGUUUCUGGAUGCAGGAGGAGACAGUGGAAUAUAUCACUCAAAACAUGUGGUACCCUAUUUACAGCCCUCUGGUUCACGAGAAAUAAGGCUCUUGUAGUUCUUGCAAAACUAUUUUUCAGCAGGUUGUACACCAAUGUUGUGCAGCCAAUAACAACAAUCUUGGUUUAUUCUUCUGGUUCUUAAUUUUAAGCCUGAAAUGUAUAAGAGCUAAGAAGUAACACGAGAGUAGGGACCCUCUCAAUCUGCUUUUGAUUUUGCCAUGGAUUAAAUUCAUGUAUAAUCCUUUUCUUUGGUAGAGAUGACCCCUUGAGCUAUUGAUUUCUUCAAAUUAAUUAUUCUGCUAAAUGAUAUCGAGAAACAAUAAAAAUACUAGUUUCAUUUUAUGAGAACUUUGGGUGAGAGCAUGUGAAUAAAUUGUGUUGGAACUUGGAGUUGGAAGGUUGAGAUGGAAGCCGUGAAAGCGUCGUAGCGACAAAAUACAGAAGGAAUUGAAGUUAUCAGGUUAAACUGGUUAAAGAUAAAU